GUUCGUUGUGAAUUUGUGACGUCAAGAUUCGCUUCGCAGUCGCAUUCGCAGGAAGUAUGAACCGGGCUUAACUCGAUGGGCCCAGGGACUCCCCAUAUUAAAUUGAGCAGAGGAAUAAAGUCAAUGAACAUAUGUCUCUUUACUGUAAAAAGCUGAGACUUCGAAGUAUUUUUCGUGUAUUUUUGUAAUAAUUGGCAUUUUGCAGUUAUGCUAAGGGAGUUUAUUUAUUGUGUGCACUCAUAGGCUCAUGAGAGCUUAAAGGAACGUUACAGAAAUCGUGAAGAUCACAUAAUAUAAAACUUACACGGUCUAUUGAUGAUGAUAGUAGAAAACAUCACUUUAAAUAUUGCUGUCUGAAAUGUCAUAUUUGAUGAGAAAUAAAUAAUAUAACUUCGCGUUUUGAGUUUUUCACUCAGUGAGCGCUUUAUUCAUUUUUUUUUUGCAUCUAUGUCAUGCACAAAUUGUAAUCGGUUUUUCACUAUUCUCUCGUGCCCCAUAUAUGGUCGAUCGAUCUCGAACUUCUACAGGUUUUGUCCGUUCGUGUAUACGGUGGAUUAGAUAUUAAAGUGCUUACACUGCAACCUUUUUGCUAAUAAAAUUUCUCGAAUUUGUAUUUUAUUUCUAACUAUUAAGAGACUUAUAAGAGAUUUAAAUCUCAACGUUUGGGUCAAAUUUGACCUUAAUUAUUUAGGUCAUAUUUGACCCAAAGAUUUAAAUUUCAAUCACUGUCAAUACUUCCUGAUUACAUCAGCAUUCUUGAGUACAACGGCCCUACCGGUCAUACACUAUUACAGUAAAAACUAUAAUGGUUGAUUGUUCAAUAAUGUGACAGAAAACUAUACAAGCUUAUGACGCCCACAUCAGAGCGCUCUUUUUUCUAUUGGAAUACGUUCGAUAUAGGAUCGAUUUGUCUAAUGUCUGUGAUUACCGAUUAUAAUCGAUGCGCACAGCUGGUGAUGAAACAAUAUCCUUAUCGGAAUCUAUUGUUAAAAUCCCCCUUGUCACACGGCACACUGGUGAUAAAGAAUAGGCUAAUGGAGUUGCGUAAAAUAAACUGAGUUUUCCGUUGAAGCCUGAUUCGAGCUCAUUCUUUGAUCGAAAUCAACCCGAUGUGUAUGAACAGACAAUAAACUGUGGAAUUGUAUGAUUAAACUUCAAUGGCCUUUGCCGCCAAAAACUUUGCUGAAAUUGUGUGUUUUUGCGAGCUGUCUUGUGUGGUUUAGCCGGCGAACGUACAUUUUGUAAUAACAAAUAUUACGACAAUCAACCACUGGAUUCUACUACAUGUUACAUAUUGUGUUGAAAAUCCUUGGUAGAAUUCGGCAGAACUUCGGGACCGCUCGUUCACGUUCGGGGGAUACUCGGCCAUGAAGUGGUCUCUAGUUGUGUCAACCGAGAACGAGCACCUCAGUGGUAUCAGCGAAGGAGAACGCGUUCGGAGAUCGGACGGUAAAUCAACUCCCUAUUAUUGGGUCACCAAGGUAUAGGCUCGUUACAAGGUCAAAUGCGCCCACUGAACCGAUGAGCAUGACACCAUCUACGUACCGAACUAGGGUGUGGCGGACGUUCUGGGCAACACGACAAAGUUCACCAACAAGAAGACGUCCCUCUCUGGCGGAUAAGUGUGUCACUUUCUUAAGAAGGUCCAGCUUACUCGAUCUUUUUCUUAUCCUUGUCAUCUGCUCAUCAAUUGCAUCUACGCUGUUCAUUUGGACGACACGUUAUUAUCGAGCACAUACACAUACCUCUCGACAAGAUCAGACGGCGAUCACAAAGAUUUCGUCACUAACAGUGGUUCAUCAUCAACCGACUACCAACUCGAGCAGAGUCAAAACCUUGAAGCAAAACCUACAAAACCUAGAGGAGACUAGUGCCCUCCACUCGACCUACAGCCUCACAAAUAGGGAGCUUCACGUUGGCGACACGGCACAUUUUAUCAUCCAAGCGAAAGAUGCCGAAGGGAGGAACCAAGUCACUGGUGGCGAUUUCUGGUUUCCAGUUCUAACAGGUGACGUUGGUGCCUACCCGGUCAAGGGAGGGCGCACUGCUGGAAGGGUUGUGGAUCACAAAAACGGAACUUAUAGUGUGUUCUUUUACGCAGGGUGGGAAGGGAUUGCCUACGUUCACAUGACACUAGCUGCUACGAGCGAAGCCACAACAUGGCUAAGAACAAAAUACUGGCCAUCGGAGAGGCUUGCGUUUUGGGACGGGGAGUUUUCUGGCGCGAGCACGCUGGACGGACAGAAAACUACAGAAAUCACUUCGUGUUUUCUUUUGAGGAAAGUGACGUCACCGAACCUCUGCAGGAUCGACUACAACCCGAAGGCCACUGGGUCGACGGCUCUUUACUGCAAGUUGCCAGAGAGAUUGAAGUGCGUGGACUUCAAAACUGUCAAGAUGAAUGGUGACGUCACUGGUGUAAUGAACAACUUAUUUAUUGGAAAGGACAAGCGUUUAUUUCAGGGUGACAACUACAUGGCAACGCUUACAAGAGGUUCGAAAACAAUAGACAUCUCAAACGCGAAAAAUAAUAUAACCAAACAUCAAGACUGCAGACCAAACGACGAGCCCCUUAUGAACGAUGGGUUCUGGCUCAACGACGAGUGGCACCACCUCCAAUGUAAUGUCCGCAGAUGGGAUGACGUACAGGCUGUCAAACGCUGCCUACGUCACAAGCACGUGUUCAUAUUGGGGGAUUCAAACGUGAGAUCCUGGUACAAGGUUCUCAUGAAAAGAAUCGGUUACACCGAAUGGAGCACUUUGGACAAAGAGGAACAUGCAAGGAUAAGUAUGGACUACAAGAACGAAGAUUUAGAGAUGAGCUUUCGAAGUCACCCUCGUCUCGUCACAGCCGUCAAAACAACCUUAAAUGAAACUCUUUACGAAGUUGAUUUCCUUGAUAACAUACCGAGCGAUUCUUGUCAGAAGUUUAUCAUCGUCUUUUGUCCAUGGGGUCACUUUACUCAGUGGUCUACAGAAAGCUACGUCGAGCGCACGCAACUCCUCAAAGAGGCGGUUUUACGGUUCCGGGAGCGAUGCCCUGACGUCCCUAUGGUCAUUAAGGGUGCACACGCCAGGGACCACUUUAUUCUCGCACAGAAAGUUUAUGCAAAUGAUUAUACUCUUUGGAACCUGGGUAGGAUUCUGAAAGAGACAUUUCGAGGUACUGGUCUGUAUUAUUAUGAUAUAUGGCAGAUGGGCCUAGCGUAUGGGAAACAGAAUAUGCACAUGCCCUGGGAAGUCGUUGAGGAAGAAGUUAAUUGGUUGCUGUCAUAUGCCUGUAAAAAAGAUAAUAAAGAUUAACUAAAAAUAAAUAAUAUUAACUUUUUUUCUAGUGUACUUUUGAAAGUUGCAUCAUUUUUUUGUCUAAAGGACGUUUUUCUAGACAGGCCUUCUAGAGUCGCGCGCCGAACCAACUUAUUGGAACAUGAAAAGUUUGACGUCUUAAACAGUUAGGAGCGACUGGGAUGCUGAUUAAGUCGAAAAACUGUUGCCGUCGUUUGGA